AUGACAUCCAUCGAAACUCCUAAGGACUUCUCCGGUCUCAAGGGAAAGACAGUACUUCUGACUGGUUGUGCAUCUGGAAUUGGCCGGGCAGUAGCUCAGGUCGCGUAUGCAAACGGUGCGAAUUUGGCGCUCGCCGACUGGAAUGAGGACAUGUCUCGAGACCUCAUUGCCGAACUUGGAGGCAGUCAAUGUGAAAGCCGAGUCUUGUAUCACAAGGUAGACGUCUCCAAUUGGGAUGCCGUCAACGAUUUUUUCACAGCGGCGGUUGAGAAGUUCGGAGUGAUACACGCCGUGCUCUCCAACGCCGGCAUGGUCGCCCACGAAAACCUCUUUGAAGACAACAUAGACCCCGCCACGGGCAAGCUGAUGGCCCCAAACCUUAAGAACUUGGAAGUCAACCUGAUAGCGCACCUCUACAUGGUCAAGUGCGCGGUCCAUCAUUUCGCAAAGCGGCCGGACGUGCGCAAUCAGAUCGUCAUCACCGGCUCCGUGGCCAGUUUCAUCGACACUCCCCCGCUCUACUUCUAUGAGACCUCAAAGUCGGGUCUUCUCGGGCUUAUGCGAUGUCUUCGAACUCAACUAGCCUCAAUUAAGACCACGGUAAAUCUCGUAGCACCGUGGUUGACAGCUACCGGUAUACCGCCGCCGCAUAUUGUCGAAGCAUGGGGCAACGACCUCGCCACCAAUACGCCAGAGGGGGUUGCAAAGGCACUAUUAUUGCCUGUUGUCGAGGAAUCAUUGAACGGGAAAACGUUAUGGGUUGCUGGAAACGACAUUGUAGAGGUUGAGGAUAAGCUACAUGAGACUCAGCCACUCUGGCUGGGUGAGGAGCUUAGCAAAAACGUGGAUGAAGGCCAGCGUAGAUUGAUUUCGAAACGUGGCUUGUUUCCAGACCUUGCGUAG